GUCCUACGAUGACUUCUGUGUAUUAAGCUGGGAAACGAAAGACUCUCUGUUACUCUCUCUGAUCUCUCUCUCUCCCUUCUUUUUUCUCUGUUCCAAACUCAAAAAAGCACAGCCGACGACCUCAAUGGUUCUUGAGUUAGCCACCCAGGGUUCUCUCUCCUAAACAGGCUCAAAAAGUCAAAUCCUUGUGCUCAUAAUAGUAGGCUGGUGUGCAUAGAUUGAAGUUGUUUAAGGUUUCUCUUUCUGGGUUCUAGUUUUUGUUUCCAUGUAAUGUGCAUAUGUUAGUUUUUGGAUUUAUCUUUGUGAAUAUAUACAUUUUGUAACUACCUUUGUGUUGUCUUGUUAAAAUCUGGGUUAUAUAAUGCAGAUUCAGUUGGGUGCUGCAAAAUGACAAAUAAAUGAGAUUUAAUGAGAGAAAAUAGAUUCCAUAGUUUGUGGGUAGUCGCCAUUCUGAUUAGUUCCAACUUCUCCCGUGUGUCUUUCUCUUAUUUGGAAUGCUUACCUAUGAAUAAUGCAUUUGGGUUUGAUGUGUGAUGUUAUUUAUGUGCUUAAAGUUUUUUUUUUCUGGGAACUUUCUGAUCCUAUCUUAUCCUGGAGUUUUAUCCUGCAUUCUGAUUUUCUUUCCUUUUUGGAAUAAUAUUUUAUUUAUAAGUGAAUGGUUUUAGAGUUCAUGAGAAUGGGCCCAUGUAUCAAGAAUUUACUGUUGUUGUAGAAAAUUCUGUUGGUUCGCAUGGUCUCCUUGAUUAUUCUUUAAUCUACCCAUUGGUGUAAUGUGAAAUUGCAGUUAUUGUUGAUCUGAUUAGGGAUUUCAGUUGACUCGUGUCAUAUCAAUCUUCAGGGUGUGUCAUUUGGAUUAGUGUCUGGUGUUGUUCAACCCUAACCCAAUCUAUCUAAAUAAUCAAGUCAGAAGUAAUAAACCCCCAGAUGCUAAUUCCAUGUUAAGUUGUCAAAUUAUUGUGUUGUGUUGCAAAUUGAUGCUAGGAAAAUUGAAUUCCUAAGUUCAUCUGUGACUUCCAGUGACAUAUCAUAGAGCCAAUAGACUCUGGCUAGCACUUUCUAUAUUCCUUGAGGAUGGAGGUGAAAGAAGCAGAGAGGAUAGUUAUAGCUAAACCGGUUGCUUCAAAGCCUACCUGCUCCGGUUAUAGGACCUUCUCAGAGCUCCUUGCAGGUGCAAUCAGCGCAUCGCCCUCUAAUGUAUGUACUGGUGCUGCAGUCACUCCAAUCAGACCAAAGACGGUUAGGUUCAAGCCCAUGGCAAACAUCCCUUCAGUUGGGGUGAUUUCCUCCCAGGAUUUGAAAUCUGGAGCUGCAGUUGUUGAUUCAUUUGACAACGUCUUAAAAUCAGAAAGCAAAUCCACUGUGGUUUACAAACCCUUGGCGAAGCUUUUAUCAAAGACCCCAGUCUCUCUCCUAGCAAAUUCGGUAAGCAAUAUCAGCCACCAACAAGGAUUGUUUCAGGCUGGGUCCUGCCCCCAGCUUUCUUAUCAAGUCAAACACCAUUUAGAAUCUGACCUUGGAUCGAAUCUCCAUAAGGAUUUUCCAUCACAAUCAGAAACAGAGAAAAUCAUGGAGCCCUCCAACAUGACACCAGAGAACUUGGAAGAGGAUCCAAGAACUUCACAACCCAUAGCUAAUGGUGAUCGACCUUCUUAUGAUGGAUAUAGUUGGAGGAAAUAUGGACAAAAACAAGUUAAAGGAAGUGAGUACCCACGAAGUUAUUACAAAUGCACACACACCAGUUGUCCAGUGAAAAAGAAGGUUGAGCGGUCAUUUGAUGGACAGAUAACAGAAACUGUCUACAAGGGUGAGCACAACCACUCAAAGCCUCAGCCUCCUAAGCGCAACACAUCUGGGGGACAAGGGCAAGGGUUUGUAUCUGAUGGAACUGUUCAAUACACAAAUAGCCAACUGUGGAGCAACCAAAUCAAUGGAAGGAAUGAAUGUUCUGAAGGUAGAAUAGAAAAUCAGAGUGAAGUAGGAUUAUCUGUCAAUUCAACUUCGCCGGGGAAAGCUUUAUUAUCUGAUCCUGCUACUUCUGGAAAAUUCAAAGCUGAUGUCCCUACUCCAGAUAAUCCUUGUGGUUUGAGUGGCAAUUGUGAUGAAGAAAGGAAGGGAGUAGAAGCAGAAGAUGAUGAACGCAAAAGUAAGAGAAGGAAAAAUGAAAAUCAAUCCCAUGAAACAGGCAUAUCACAGCAAAGUGCACAAGAGCCUUGCUUUGUGGUGCAAAAUUCCACUGAUUGUGAGAUUGUUGGGGAUGGCUUCCGCUGGAGAAAAUAUGGGCAAAAAGUUGUGAAGGGAAAUCAAUAUCCCAGAAGUUACUACAGAUGCACCAGUCUCAAGUGUAAUGUGCGAAAGCACGUUGAAAGAGCAUCAGAUGAUCCAACAGCCUUCAUCACAACAUACGAGGGGAAACAUAACCAUGACAUGCCAAUCAAAAGCACAACCCCAAUGGCAUCUGAACCAGCUUCAAAGCCCAAAUCAUGACUGAUACUGUGGAUAUAAAAUGAUUGCCAACCCAGUGAUUGAAUUGGCAAACUAAGGCCAAUGAGGACAUUGGAAAUCAAAGGACUGGAUUGAUUUUGAUGCCCACAACCGGUGAUCCACUACAAAAUCUAAAAUUUUCUUCGCAAGUUGUUAUAAAAACCAUUGCCGCUGAGAUUUGCUUUGGGUGGAAUAUUAAGAUUAUAAAUGUGAGAUUUUGUGGCCCUCUUUACCUCUUGUUGCUUGUGUUUGGCUUAUCAGUAUGUUUGUUAUACC